GCCUUAAAAGUCUAAAUUCCCUCGGAAAGUUCUUGAGACGGGCUUUGGGCAGCUUCUUAGGCAUGCCCGAUUUCUUCAAUGUAGUCCACCAUUUAUAACACGACGGCUUUGAAAACUGAGAAGAAAUCAAACGGCAUCAGGCAUUGAAGCAUAAAGAGAGUCAGUAAGACGGUUCAUAUUUCUUCGGCACUUUUGGUAGCUGAAUCCCCCAGAGGCAAUUGAUAAGUAUUUUUGGAGAUAUGGUGAAGGUAUACACGCAGGAGCAUGUGUUCAGGCACCCUUGGGAGCGCGUAAGCGCCGCAAGCUGGAGGAAAUUUGGGGACCCGGCUAACAGAUCGACGCUGUCGCACAUCGUAGAGGUGGACACGGUGAGUCGAGCCCUGGACGCGACUAGCGGACAGCUGCGCAGCAAGCGCAUUAUAACGGUGAACACGCCGGGUCCCUGGUGGUUGCAGCGCCUCCUCGGCCAAAACGUCUGCCACUGUAUUGAGACCUCUAUCGUGGACGCCAAGAAUCGAAGCAUGGCCCUCGUCUCCAAAAACAUCACGCUCAAGGACUUUGUGGAGGUUGAGGAGAAGUCGUGGCUCGUCCCCCAUCCUGCCAAUCCUCAAUGGACUCUCUCUACGCAGGAGACCAGCAUCCGCUGCACCCCGCUCUCUGCCUUAGCCUCGGUCGCUGAGAAAGUCGAGCAGCGCUGCGCUGAAAAGUUUCUGCAGAAUAGCCUCAAGGGCAGAGAGGUCAUGGAGAGGAUCUGUAGCUUCAUGGAGGCCGAUACUAAUCCCAUUGGUCUUUCAGGUUGAUUCUUUUCUUAUCUUUCAUCUUCCCUCCUUAUACCAUCGUUUUCCCAUUUGCUCUUACCCCCAUCAAUUUUCGGGGUAUAGAAUAACACGAGGGCCUUGGAACUUUUAAAUUUAGGGCUUUCUUAUUCAUUUUCAUUGAAUAUUUCCUUUUUGGAAAUCCCGGCUUUCAUCUAAAGACCAUUUCAGGUUUUCCUAUUCUCCAAACGUUUCAAGGUAUUAAACACAUAAGGGGCUUGGAAUUUCCAAUAUCUCUUCCUUGUCUCCCCUAUUUUAGCGGAUUGAAAAUAAAAUGAGGGUUUUGCUAUUUCAA